GAGGGCUUUCAGUGCCAGCAGCACCACACCUUUGCUGGGAGUCCAGGCAGCUCCUAGAACAGCAGCAUCACAGCAGGGUCCUUCUGGGUCACAGAUGGGGGCCGGCCCGCAAGGGGGCAGUGACAAUGGCAGUGGUGAGGGGAGCCGAAGUGAGUGCCCCGCCCUGGCGUUCUUUUGCCCCGCUCCGGGACUGCCACGCUGAAGGGGGGGGGCACACGAAGGGGCAGCGGCGUGGCCUGGGGAGGGGGCUUCUGAGGAGAGAGGCUUCUCGCUCGCUCGCUCGCUCCCCCCUCCCCGAGGCCGGCUGUGGCGAGGGGCUCUGCGGAGCAGACCUGUGCGGGCUUCGCUGCCUCUGGGGCGCCCAGCGCUGCCGCCGCAGCUUCUGCGGGGGGGGGGUGGGGGGGCUGUGACUGCCCCCUCCUAAGGCCUUCUCGGCGGGGCCCCCGCCCCCCCCCCGCAGCCCAGGCCAGGCCGGGGGCCGGAGAGGGGCUUGGCCCACCGGGGAGGACGGCUCCGCUUCCCCAGGGCCGCUGGCUGGCUGGCUGGCUGGCUGCGAGGCGAGUCCCGCCGGGCCCAGGGCGGGCGGGGCGGGCGGACUCCUCCCCCGGCUCGGCGCCGGCCUCUAUAUGGGGCCGAGGCGGCGGCGGCGCGAGGCUGCGGAUCGCCGGGCGAUGGCGAGAGCGCCGGGCCGGUGGCGCGGGGUGGCGGGAGCGCCUGCGGCGGCGCGCGGCGGCGAUGCGCGGGCGGCGUCCGCGGCUACGUCGGGCGCCCCCACCUGAAGCCCCGCUGCGGCCCCCGGGCGGCGAGGCGAUGAUGCUGCCGUGGAAGAGGCACAAGGCGGCGGCGCUGGCGGGCGGCCAGGAGGAGCCCCCGGGGGGGGCGGCGGCGUCGGCGGGGGGGCGGCCGGCCUCGGCGUUGGGGGCGCGGCGCCCGGCGAGCGCGCUGGGCCGCCUGGGGCGGCUGCUGGGCGGGCGGCGUCGGCGGGGGACGUUCCGGGUGAGCGGCGAGGCGCCCACCUUCCCGGCGCUGUACCUGGGCAACGCGCCCACGCUGCAGGCCAAGGGCGACGGCUGCACGGAGGCGGCGGUGGGGCGCAUCUGGGCGCGGAGCGAGGCGGGCCGGCGCGGCGCCCGGAUGCAGCUGAGCGUGGGGCCGCAGGGCCUGCGCUUGGCGCCGCUGCCCGCCGACCAGGAGCCGCAGGCCGCCGCCCGCCCGCCGGGCCACCUGUACCUGCUGCACCGGCUGACCUACUGCGCGGCCGACCCGCGCCUGCCGCGCCUCUUCGCCUGGGUGUACCGGCACGAGGGCAAGCACAAGGCCGUGCUCCUGCGCUGCCACGCCGCCCUGCUGCCCAAGGCCCACCAGGCCCGCGCCCUGGCCCGCCUCCUCUACCAGACCUCGGCCGCCGCCCUCGCCGACUUCCGACGCCUCAAGCGCCGCGCCGACGCCCGCCGCCAGCAGCAGCAGCAGCUCCAGCCCGCCGCCCUGCCCGCGCCGCCCCUCCGCCACCUGCUCCUGCGCGGGCCCGCCGGCGCCGCCUACAAGCCGCCCGUCGAGCGCAGCCGCAGCGCCCCCCGCCUGGGCGCCAUCAGCGAGGACCCCCGCGGCGAGGCCCUGGAGGAGAGAUCCACGGACCCCCGCCCGCCCCGCCGCCACAGCCACGACCACGAGGAGGAGGAGGAGGAGGAGGAGACGACGCCCGGCCUGGACCCGCUGGCCGCCCACCUGGGCCAGCUGGCCAUCCGAGACCCCCCGGCCCCGCGCGCCACCCGCCUCCCCGCCCGCAGUAGCCAGGCCUCCCCGCUCCACAGCCAGCCGCCACGCCCCGACGGCGGCCCCCGCAGCCAGCGGCAGCCCGGCGACACCGGCUGAGACCCGAGAGCCUGGAAGAGCGGCCGGCCUCCCGUCUGUGGCCGUGUUUGCAGGCCCUGCUGUGGCCCCGGGGACUUCCCCCUUUUGUGAAGCUGCUGCUGUUGCGGGACGGAUGCCUCUGCACAGGCGGGGGGGGGGCAGAGCUUUUUCUCCCUCCCUUUUCCCUUUGCUGAACUGGCGUGGCUGCGGCUGAUUCUUCCAUCCGCUCCCAGGGGCUGUUUCUCUUUUGCUGUGCAAAAGGCAUCUUGGACAGUUGGACCUUCCCUUCAGCCUACGGAGCAGACAGACGAGUGUGGCGCAGGUCUUGUUCUGGGAGUGGUGGGUGGGGGAGGACACCCACGGAUCAGACUCCUUUCCCCCUGGACUGUUUUGCACCCAAGUGGGCGUAAUAAAGAGGAAGGUUGUGGAA